CCCCCCCCCCGUGUGUAUAUUUGACCACCUACAAGCCAUUUUACUUGUAAAUUUCCUUAGUUCACAUCAACAUUAGACAAAGCGAUCCGCUUUCCAGCACGCUGCAAGCAUGAAUAAUUGAAACGGUGCAUUAAUAAUACAGUUAUCUCGCCUGAUUAUUUCGUUUUUAUUGUAAAUUCCUGCGCGAGUAAAAACACAGGAAUGACACCCGUCGGCAUAACUUCUCCUAAAUGACGCUGUGAGCGGUGAUGACUUCUCCUCGUUCUCUGCCGCUGUGAUGACAUUCGAGAUCUUUAGUCAGCGACUAGCCCGGGAGGAAGGCGUACGGAUGAUGUCAUGGGUGUCGUAAGGUAUUUCCAUAUGGUUCACAAAGAAUCUGUCUCCUGACAAAAUCAACCUAAGCACCCUUAAAGGAGAAGGUCAGUUGACUAACCUGGAACUUGAUGAAGAUGUGCUGCAGAACAUGCUGGAUUUACCUACCUGGCUUGCCAUCAACAAAGUCUUCUGCAACAAAGCUGCUAUUCGGAUCCCAUGGACUAAGCUAAAGACUCAUCCAAUUACUCUGUCCCUAGAUAAAGUAAUUAUGGAAAUGAGCACAUGUGACGAGCCACGUGCAUGUAAUGGGCCUUCUCCGCUGGUGACCGCUUCCGGACAGAGUGAAUAUGGAUUUGCUGAAAAAGUGGUGGAAGGAAUCUCCCUGUCGGUGAACUCGAUCAUUAUCCGUAUCCGGGCCAAAGCCUUCAAUGCUUCCUUUGAACUAUCGCAGCUUCGAAUAUACAGUGUGAACGCUAACUGGCAGCUCAGCGACCUGCGAUUUACCCGGAUACAAGAUCCCCAACGAGGAGAGGUACUGACAUUUAAAGAAAUAAACUGGCAGAUGAUCCGGAUAGAAGCAGAUGCCAUUCAGAGUAGUGAUCAUGAAAUAAUGAGCGCACCCGUCCGUCUGAUCACCAACCAGUCCAAAAUUAGAGUCACGCUGAAGAGAAGACUAAAAGAUUGUAACGUGUUGGCAUCCAAACUGGUCCUGGUACUGGACGACUUGUUGUGGGUGCUGACGGACUCUCAGCUUAAAGCCAUGGUCCAGUACGCCAAGUCCCUAAGUGAAGCAAUAGAGAAGUCCACAGCACAGAGGAAGAGUAUGGCCGCCUCCGCAGAGCCCGCACAGAGUUGGACACCUCCCACCAGCGCCCAGCAAAUAAAGACCCAACAAACCUCUGCAGAACAGAACCAAGCCAUUCUGAAGCUCUUCCAAGAUUUCGAUGUGAAGGAAACCUCCUAUCAUCUUAUUAUAUCCCACCUGGAUCUACACAUCUGUGAUGACAUUCACUCCAAGGAAAAAGUUUUGGACUGGAGAAUUACAGGAGGAGCCAUGCAGUUGUCGUUUAGUCAGCUGACCGUGGACUAUUACCCGUAUCACAGAGAAGUUGACAGCUGCAGACACUGGAUGCAUUAUGGAGACGCCACAAAGACGAGAUGUACGUGGGCACAGGAGCUGCUUCAGGAGUUUAAGUGUAAUGCAGAUAUGUUAAAGCAAGCCGUAAAAGAUCAUGGUUCUGGGUCGCCUACAAAAUCUGUGCCCAACAAAUCCCAGCAGUAUGGGCACCCAGGGCCUGAAUCCAGCAGCAAAAGUUUUUUUUCAAUAGAAACAUUAGAGCAGCUAAAAGCCAAGCUAAUGUCCAGCUCUUUUGUGGUUAGACUCGCUGACUUCAACAUCUAUCAAGUGUCCACAGCCGAACAGUGUCGAUCUUCCCCUAAAACUAUGAUUUCCUGCAAUAAGAAGAGCUUGUAUCUUCCCCAGGAAAUGUCUGCGAUUCAUAUUGAAUUUACUGAAUAUUAUUUCCCAGAUGGAAAGAAUUUCCCCAUUCCAAGUCCCAACCUAUAUGUACAGCUGAACGCCCUGCAGGUGACUGUGGAUGAGCGAAGCAUUAUAUGGCUAAACCAAUUUAUCCUGGACCUGAGGCAGAGCGUGGACCAGUUCAUGGCAAUGUACAUGCUGAACGACAGCUCCAAGUCAGAUGAACAUAUCGAUAUCAGGGUAGACUGCCUCAUGCUGAAGUUCAUCAUACCUUUACAAACAAAAUCCGAUUGUCACCAUGACCAGCCCACAGCCAUCAGUAUCCAGACGUCCGAAAUGAUAGCGAGCAACACCAGGCAGUCUCCAAACUGUAGGCGUUCCGACCUUGAAGCCAUAUUUCAGGACUUUAAAGAAUACCCCUUCUACUCUAAAUCCUUCACCUCCUUCCCCAGGUCUGUGGACAGUUUCGACCUCCUGCACCCCAUAUUCCAGAGGCACGCUUUUGAACAGGACACUAAAAUGCACGAUGUAUACAAGGGAUUCAUUACACCAAAGCUGGACACCAAUGCAUUAAAAACUCCUGCUGCUAAGGACAUCUGGGUUAUACAUUUCACACAGUUUUGGGUUGACUAUGAAGGGAUAAAGAGUGGGAAAGGCAGGCCGGUAAGUUUUGUCGAUGCCUUUCCCCUUUCCGUCUGGGUGUGCCAGCCCACGCGUUUCGCCCAUUCUCAGAAACAGAUUGCCUCGAACUGCGAUAAUCCAGCCAAUCUUUCCAAAAGCGAAUCUACAGACUUUGCCGGUCGUAUUCAGCGCAAGAAACUUUUGAAACAAUAUUACAGCACUGAAAUGGAUGGCCGGAGCACCCCACUACAGAAGUCCCAAUCCCUAGACAGCAGCCUAUCGUCCAACCCCGUCCGUGAGCCCCCUGAAGCGGACAUCCAGGUGCUGGCACACAUCCAAAAACACGUCAGCAUACAAGUCAAUCACUACCAGUAUGUUUUCUUACUGCUGCUCCAGGAUUCACUAAAGAAACUUAUGGACAAUCUACUCAAGGACGUGGAGGCCGUGACUGGGAAACCAGCUGAGGAGACCAAGUUGUCCAUGGGUGUGCUGCUAAAAAGUGCGGAGGUUUCCCUAUUACUGCAUCCAUUGCCGGAGGAGAAUAUGUCCCAUUGCCCUCUUUCCCGGGAAGGUAGCCCUAUAGUGGAUAAUAAAGAAACUCUUCCACCCGAUGGUUCUCAAGAUGUCAGCGUUGGUAAUGUCUCUAUCGAUUUACUCAUGGACUCAGUCAGUGGUGACUCUGGAGCAGUACUAGAACCUAAAAAGAUGGAUUUGCCAGAGACUUUAAUGACAAAGUCACCCAGCGACACUGACAUUUUGAGAAGGUCGCCCAGUUUGGAAAGAGCCUCUGAUAGGGCGUCGCUGAAAGCAGAAGACGGGGCUUUGUGUCAGGUUAUUAAUGUUAAUGGCCUUAAUGAUGGCGGCCACUUUAGUAGUGAUGACAGCAUCUCCAUCCCAGUCAAAGAUCUGGAGGAAACCUUUGGAAGCUUCCAAUCCUCUGACACUGAGUCUAUUAUAGAUAAUCCUCUCAUGAGUGCCCAUUUUUUAGAGUCGCAGAAGAAGCAAACUGACACCAGUGGAACCCCUAAGGAACGCUGCCCGUCCAACCUGCCUGCCUUCUCUGUUUCUUACAAGAACAUGAAGCGGACUCCUUCACAGUUCUCCUUGGACAAUAUCUCCAUCGACAGCAACAUGCUGGAUGAACAUUUGGUGGAGAGCGAUGGGAGCGACCCCAUGGAAGCAGGCCUCGAAGACUUCUCCUCUUUGAACUAUCAGUCGACAGUAGAUAUGGCCAGCGUGGAGUUGGGGAACGGAGAUUACUGCGUAUCGUCACCCGAUGCUGUUAGCGCAGUUGAUGAAAGUACACAUGACUCCAAACAAGAAGUGAUGUCUGUGGUAGUAUUCAAAAUUGUUGGCGUCAAUUGCGGGAUCGACAUCAAGGGAGAAGAUAUGGCUGUCGGCCUUCAGGUGAACCAAGUGAUACCAAAGCAGCUCGGGAAUGUGAGCGUCUGGCAAUACCUCAACGGCCGGAACAUGAACUCUGAUCAAAAGUCCUCAAUGGAGCAGAGGAAGUCCUGUCCGGAGAUCAGCCUGAGACUAGAGACCGGUCCUAGUGCUAAACGCCAUUCUCUACUCGCUGCUGAAAAUGGGUUCCUCCAGUGCCAAGUGACAGAUUUCAGCUCCGAGUUCUUCACCUCCACCCUUGCGAAUAUUCAUCACUUCAUAGAUGAUGAUUCAGUUGCGGAAGUUAUGCCAAUGAAGAUAAGAGUUCAGAAGGCAAAGCUGCACCUACAGGAUGACAGUCCAAGGAAUAACAACAGUGACCCAGAACCGGAGCCGAUCGUCCUGAAUAUUGAGAACCUCUUAGUUGAGAGGUACGAUGAUGGAUCCUUUUGUGUCAAAGGUAAUCCAGACUCCGACACCAGCACCAACCACAAAGAACUGAAGGAGAUACCGUCCGUAAAGUCCGACAGUACGACAGUACAGCACAGAAGUAACGCUACAAAAUGCACACAGACACUUUGUGACAGCCCCGCAACCCCAGAACCUCUAGAAGUAAAAAGGAGCCACAAUCGGAAAGUGCCAGUGAUCAGUAUGGAGCAGCUCCUUGACGAAAAUGAAUGUCUAAAGCAGGAAUUGGCCAAAACCAAGAUGGCUCUCGCCGAGGCCCACAUGGAAAGGGACAGCCUACUUCAUCACAUAAAGGGGCUAACGCUGGACAAAUAGCACCCGCUCUCGGAUUUUGUUCUGGACUUUGACCCGUUGGAUACGUUUAGUAGCAUUUCUGACUGUGGCUAGGUUAUCUCUAUUAGAAAUUCACUAAAAAAGAAAUUGACAUCACCAGAACCAUUUUUUUUUUUUUUUUGCAUCAGAGGAGAUGUAAACGAAAUCUAAGGACUCAGUGUUUUCCGUGACCAUCUUCACAAUGCAAUCCUAAAGGCUCCAUUGUCAUUUAGGGGUUGUCGGGGAUUUUUCUUGCACACAGGCUGUGUCUGGCAUUGCAGAUGCAUCCCGAUGACUUGAAUAGAGAAGAGCUGCACUACCAGACCACAACCCGUGUACAAGGGUGGCGCUGUUUCUUGCUAUAAAUCCCGGACGAACCCCCACAUUAACUCUGUCUAUUAAAGAGGUGAAGCUCUGACAUAUUUUUCAAAGUAUUAAAAUAAAAAAAGUUAGUUUUGGGAAAAUGUUUAAUUAUUUAAGGAAAGUGUAACAGCAAGUAAUGUUGUUAAUUAUCUUUAGCAGGAAUUGGUUUUAAUAUUGUUUAAAAAUUAUUUUAAAAUUUUUAUUUGCACUCAAUCAAUAAAUAACUUGAUGCAGCUGCA